AAAAAAAGUUUACCAAAAAGAAAUAUCAAUAUUGAAUGUAAUAUAUGAAUUAUUACCAUAUUCUAAUAAGUUUGUCAAAAAUAUAAAUCAACAUUAAAUGAAAUUAUUCAUGUCAUAUUUUUCUGAAAGACAUGUCAUCAAUUUCAGUAGCCAUAUCAUAUUUGUUUUGUUAAAUUGAUUGUAGAAAGGACAUGUGGCAAAAUCACUUCACAAAUAUAUUCUAGAGGAUUACGAUCCGAACUUGCUUACAAUUCAGAAAACUACACAAAUUUUCUAGAAAACGCUUAAAUCUACUUAACUGUAAUUAAAAAAAAAAAUUAGUAACUAAGAUUCGGCUGGCUAAACAUGACAUGUCACUAUUAAUCAAUUUAGUGUUGAACUAUGACCGAGUGGAAGUCAUAUUUAGCACGGAUCACUUGUUCGGUUUAAUAGAAAUUGUUAGAACUGAAAUAUGUAUUUUUCGCGAAGAUAAUGAAGUUUUGGCUAAUGUUAUCCAUCCAAUAAUGUUUUUCACAGAAUGCUACUCCCUUUGUUUGAAAUUAUAUAAUAUUUUGAUUGAAUGUAUAAAAAUAAAAUAUACUCUUCCGUCUCUGAAUAAGUGUCACUUUGACAUUUUUCACACAGAUUAAGAAAGUCACGAAAAUAUAUGUAAGUUGUUAUUAAUUAUACCCCUCUAACAAAUAGUAUUUGAGAGAAAUAAAAUUAUUUAUAAAAUCAAUGCAGUUAUCAAUUAAUUUUUAGCUAAAAGUACGUAUAGUUUGCAUUCGAAUUGUAAAAUGACACUUUUUGUGUAACAAGAAAAAAUGUUAGAAUUACACUUAUUAUGACACAGAGAAAGUAUGUAUUUUCCUAAAAUAUCAUUAAAAAUAUGAAUUAAAACUAAUUCAACAAAUCAUUUAAAAAAAUUAUAAAAUAUCACUGAUCAGAUAGUUUUUAAUAAAACUAAAAUUACUAUAAAAUAUCAAAACAUCAUGCAUUUCAUGAAACAUUAAAAACUCUUUGCAACAUCAUAUGUUGUGGAACUGAUUAAUCACCUUUCAAAAUUCAACUUCAUCUAAUUAUUGAAUAUUCAAGUUAAUUAAACUAUAAACACAAAGAAAAAUAAUCUCGCCAUCAUCGUGGAGGACCUUUUUUACAAUUCAGUAUAUAUUUAUUGAGGCUAACAAAAUUAACCUUCAUGAUCUAAUCAUGUAAAGUUAAAUGCAUGCAUUAUUCUGUCAAGUGUUAGUUUUGUGAGUACAAUAUAAUAAAAGUCAUAAUCACUUGUUAAAACUCAAAUUUCGGUUUUAUAUUUAUAAUACAAACUGACCAGUUCCAAUAAACACAACAAAGGUAUUGGUUAAUUGACUUAUAAAUUAUAGUCCCUAUACAUUAGCAUCUUCCAACUUAUCUAAUCCAAUAUAAAAUUAAAAAAAAACAAAUGGCAAAUAGAAUAAGACCAUGAUUAUCAAUUUAUCAUUAUUGGUGUGACACAACAUUUAUUUAUAAGCAGAAUAUCAAAAUGUCAGCAGAAGAUUCUUAUCCUAACACUUUAUUAAAUACCACCAUAGUUGUCACUAAUUAAUCAAGUUUAACAUUUGCUGCUACCUUCAAUUAAUCAAAUAAGAGGCGGUUUGGACGGCAUGCAAUAAUGCUCAGCCACGUAAUAUGGGACCCAUAGUCACUUGCUCUUCCCUAUAUAAACUAGAGUCCACACAAAGCCCAAGGACCAGAAAAAAAGAGCUAAAUUAACCACAGUCUUCGAGUAAAAAAAACAUGGUGAAGAUCGAAGUUGGAAGUGUGAGUGACUCGUUCAGUGUUGCAUCUCUAAAGGCUUACUUGUCUGAGUUUAUCGCAACUCUUAUCUUUGUAUUCGCUGGCGUUGGCUAAGCUAUUGCCUUUGGCAAACUGACUUCCGAUGCCGCGCGCCUUGGACCCAGCUGGUCUUGUGGCUAUUGCGGUGGCUCACGCGUUUGCCUUAUUUGUUGGGGUUUCCAUUGCGGCUAACAUCUCUGGUGGCCACCUUAACCCUGCCGUGACUCUCGGUCUUGCCGUUGGCGGAAACAUAACACUGAUCACGGGUUUCUUAUACUGGAUCGCUCAGUGUCUUGGCUCCAUCGUUGCUUGCCUUCUCCUUGUCUAUGUUACCAACGGCGAGAGCGUACCAACCCACGGAGUCGGAGCCGGUUUGGGAGCACUCGAAGGUAUCGUGAUGGAGAUCGUUGUGACAUUUGCUUUGGUCUAUACCGUUUACGCCACCGCUGCUGAUCCAAAGAAGGGAUCGCUCGGAACCAUCGCUCCGAUCGCUAUUGAUUUCAUCGUUGGUGCCAAUAUCCUCGCUGCUGGUCCAUUCAGCGGUGGCUCAAUGAACCCAGCAAGGUCGUUCGGACCAGCUGUUGUCAGUGGAGACUUGUCACAAAUCUGGAUCUAUUGGGUGGGUCCACUCGUUGGUGGUGGACUUGCUGGACUAAUCUACGGUGAUGUGUUCAUUGGUUCUUACCAAGAGGUUGAAACCCGUGAGAUCCGAGUUUGAUUAACCGGAUUUGUGAUUUCUUGAUGUUUGCUUUGAUUUUGUGUUUGUUGUGUAUGUUUGAUGUCCAUGCAUGCCUGCGUCUCUACAAGAUUGCAUGUAGAGAAAAAAGUUAUCUUAAAAAAAGAAGAAGUUAUCUUGUUAAUAAUAAGAAAUAUGUAUAUUUUCCACUUUAUAUGGCAAAACUGAAUCAGCUAAAUAAUUCAUCAUCACUAAUCUUGGAAGAAACAUGAACAUACCAUUCAUCAUCCUUGAUUAUAUACAAUUGUAAUUAUGCAUUAUGGAUUAUAUACCAUUCAUCAUAGUUAUAGAUGUGUACCCUUGUAAUUAUGCAUUAUGGAUUAUUUUAUGUAUUUCAGUAAUUUUGUAAUUAUAUUUGUUAUAUCUUGUUAGUUUUUUUUUACAAUUUUCUGAUGUAUUAAUCUUUGGUUGUGGUUUAAUCAUUUUCAAUAUUAAUUUUCCAAAGCUCAAGUUUUAUGACUAAAAAAUGAAAAGGUUAUGUCAGACUCACUCCUUAUUUUAUUUUUAGUUAACCUGUAAUGGAGUUAUGUAUUUAUACAAAUUUUCACUAAAUCCAUCAUAUUCGCCCUUUUUAUUUUCUUUUGCAAGUCUGGGUUCGGUGCAACAAAACAAAAUUCAAUUACUUGCAAGUCAAGCUUGUUGUUACUGCCAUCAUGGUCACUUGUACUUGUUUCUCGACCAUGGUUGAUAAAAGGUUUGGACUUAUAAUGAUGAUAAAUUGACUUUCAUUACAUUUAAACGAAGCUACAUAUGUAAUUUGUAAAACAUUUGUUAUUUGUCUUUUUCUUCUUCUUACUGAUAUGACCUUCUUUUUAUCUGGGACAUUUGAGAACAGCCACUUUAUUACAAACUUGAUUAACAACAAUAGAUUUCAUGAAUGAAUUCAGAUAAUAAGUGGAAACUAAGAAGCUUUGGAAUGCUUGACGGACCGGUUUUUGUAAAAUAUAUAAUUUUGUGUAAAUUUUCUUUAUGUUAAGUUGGGGUCGAGUGUUUGGAUUGCCGUUGGUUAUUCGGUACCGGAUGAGGCAUCAGUUGAAUGGGUCACAGCUAAAGCUUGGAAUGCUUGAGUGGUCUCUCUGGCUUCUUCAGCCAAUAUGACAGAAGCAUGAUUUGUGGACGCCAUGUUUUUUUUUUCUCUUUUGAGAUAUUGUAAGGACGUAGUUACUUCGUAUGCUUGACUGUGGAUGCUUUUAUAUUGUUUUGUGUCUGUGGUGCUGUGUUUUAUUAUUCAAACGGAGAUAUAUGUUUUUACUGCGGUUAAUUGAAGAUUUCAAUAUUCUUGCUAAUAAUUGACAGCUUGAAUUUUAGCCGUAAUUAUAGUAUUCGAAUAUGGGAACAAAAUUAUUUUUGAGUAUAUGGUUUGAGGCGUAGUUGAUGUUGUUGGGGUGAUUGCUAAUAAUCCGGUUAAUCUUGAUACCUUCGUUUGUUGAUAUGGAAAUAAUAUUGAGUAAGAUAAUCUUGGCCUAUAGGGCCAUUUAUUUAUAGUAAAUAUAUUUUACCAAAUUUAAGGCCAACAGUUAAGGCUUUAGUUAUUUUGUAUUUCAAUUAGACCAACAACAGAAUUUGAGUAAUUGUUAUCUAAUAUCGUGUGAAUGAAUGCUUCACUUGAGGUCGGACUUGUAUAUAUUAUUAUAUAAGUGAGUGCUUAGAUGCACGUUGGUAAAUUAUUCUUUUUAUAAGUGCUUAGAUGCACGUUAGUAGUGUUUAUUCUUGGGGGAUUCUAUUUGUUUAUGAGUUUUUUAGUAAGCAUAUGGUAAUAAAUUAAGAUGUUCUGGAUAUAUUGGACCAUUGAAACAUAAUAUAUGUGGGUCACAGACUCCAAAAUGAAGCCAUCAAGCUUUACAAACCUUUGUAAAACUGAGUAUUGAUUUCAUCAGAGUAUUAGAAGGAAAAACGAUAGAAAAGAGGGAGUCUGAGUAUUUUGAAAAUUUGAUGCGGAGUGCACUCUAUUACGAUAUCCUUGUCGAAGCUAAAAAUUCUUCAGGAACACAUUGGCUGCUUUCCCUGCAAUGAAAGUGAUAAAGUCAGUAUUAGAAAUAAAAACAAAACUGAGAUAUCACACCAUCUAAACCUACUUAAUGCUAGUCUUUGCGUCUCGAAGGCCCUUGAAGAUCUCUUUCUAGACAAUAUUGGUUACUGCAUCCACACCGUCUAAAUCAGAGGUAUCGUCUAAUAUCCUAAGCCCCUCCGGUGUUGUUACUCGUGAUAGCGCCACAUACAACUGGCUGUGAGCGAAGACUGUCCUAGGAAGAUAUAAAGCACCUUGAUUCAAACUCUGUCUUUAACUUUUAUUGAUUGUCAUCGCAUAGCAAAGACGCAGCGGAUAUUGACGGCGACAUAACGUGAAAGGAUGCAUGGUGUCAAGAGGAGAGAGCUGUAUCCGAGGGACCAAUAUUCCCAGUCAUGAUCUUUUGUUAUGAUAUAUUAUAUGUUAAGUAAAAUGAUAUGAAACGUAAACAUAUCGAAUUUAAUUGUCUGAACUGUUGGUCUUUGUCUUUUUAUUGUAGCGAAGGGUUUACACAUCAAAAAUGAAUACUCAAGUAAUAUUAAUAGAAUAAUAUUCCAUUUCAAGCAGUAUUUCAGUGAUCCAAAUAUGAAUAAAAAUCUUAAAUACAGAACAACUGGAAAACGUGAUAAGCUCGUCUGUAACCAAAUAUAAAAUAACCAAGAUUCAAAGAUUAAGUGGUCAAUAAAACAUGGAUAAAAAAAACACAUGCGUAAGCAUUACUGAAAGCGGAAAAUACUGCACAACUUCAAGUUUCCAAUCCUCUCCACCCAUGCCGUACGUGCCUUCUUCUUAAUUCCCGAGGAUCCUUGCACCUGACUGAUACCACCAGUCUCCACCUUAACACGAACCGAGAUGGCACCACUGUUGUCGUCUCCAUUGUCAUCAUCACCUCCCAAUUCAGAUCAAAAUAACCAAUUAAUAUAUACCGUGAAGCUAACUGACCGUAAUUUAGUACAUGGAACUUACAUUGGCAACAAACUGAGGGAGCGGCAUACGGUCACCUUCACUAAGGAUGCAGGAGAUCGUAAAAAUUUGAUGGUUUUCAGUGAAGUUGUAUGCACUGACCUUGACCUGGAACUUGUAGGUUUUACCCUCCAUGUCUGCAACAGAUGGAGGUGCCGGAGUGUCCCACGGGUUCACACCAUCACCAGCAUGAGGAAGCAACCGUUGAAUGCAAUCUCAUGAGUAAAAUUUCAAGACGAAGAUGCAUGACAGGCAGAGUAAAAACAUACCAAAAGAUGGCAAGCUUCAUAGGCUCUCAUAUUAUGCAGUUUUGUCAUAACCCCAUCAAAACAAACAAAGAGGCCUUCAACAUUUUCAUCUGCAAUGGACAUCUCCACCCGAUACCUAGCAGUCAGUUAACACGUAUCAAAACUCAAAGUUGACUAUGUGUGUGGACACAAACGCCAAUGAAAGUAAAUACGGUGUGAACAAAUUGAACAUACAUCAGUCUUCAGAACACCAACAGCAUUAGUAUUAUUACAAUCCAGACAUGUGAAAGCCGAGACAGUGCGUUGGAGCUUCUUGGUACAGUUGGAGCAAGAAACGUAGCACCAUCCCUUGUCCAGCUUGAUACCAGUGACCUUCUCGGUGCAGAUGAAAUCAAUCUCCUACAUUCGUAAAUCAGCAGCAUCAAACUUUUAACUUUAAUUCAUUCUAUACUCAAAUAAAAUAUAUGGUUGGAACACCUGAGAGGAAGCAGAAUUGACAAAUUCAUUGAGAUCAGCUAUGCUCAGGGAUUCCACCUUGUCGUAGCCCUUAAGCCCAGUGUCUUGGGCAACCAGCCUGUAGAAGUCUCCCCUGCGAUGGUUUCCUUGUCAAAAUAUAUGCGUGUGCCUGAAGUGGCAUUCAGAAACAGAUGACCUGAAAAAUAAAAAUGCUUUUAAUGUACUGAGAAUACUUAAAAGGAGACUAUGUGAUGUUAAGCUCAAGUAAUUACCUCCCACAAUUUUGGGGUUGAUACUGGUUGCAACCAGAACCCUUGGAUCACCUCCCAUUGAUUCAAGUUGAUUGUGGAGCUUGACAGGCUGUGAGUCGAACAUACUCAUAGUGACCGAAACAUCACUGAUAACACGUACAUAAGAAAAGUGAUAAAAAAAUGUAAUAUUUUUUCAAAUAGAAAACCAGUAUUAAAAUCUAAAUGGAUCAAUAUGGAAGAAUUAGCUACUUAUCCAUUUUAAUGGUUGCCAUCAAAUGGUUCUUGUCAUGUGGAGGGUCGGUGACAGUGCUCUUCGCAGCAGUUAUCUCACCGAUAAUGUCUGUGGAAUGAUAAUUAUUAGAUAACUAAACAAAAUAGACAAAUUUACAGGUAAGAGCAGUACCUGGAAGCUGAGUGUUUGUGUUGGCAAGACCAAGCAGCUCGUGAACCGGAAAGAUCGGAAUAGCCGGUUCGGUUAUCUCAUCAAAACAUGUUGAAUCGCUGAAACGAACCAUCAUAGAGGAGUCCGACAGUCGGUAAUUCUGAUUACAUCGGGUCACAUCAAAACCGGCUAGGGAAUAUAGUGAACCCACCUUCAGAUUAGGCAUGUGAAUUGCAAGCCGGUUCACAUUCACCGUCGCCGGCAUCAUGGUCGACUAAACAAAAAAUGAUAAGAAAAUCCUGUAAUAAAGAUUCAACACGACGGACGGUUCUGAAGAAAAUAUUAAAAACAAUCACUAAUCAGUUCUGAAGAUCUAAACAUGAAUUGUUGGUAGAAGGAUUAAAGACGGUUGAGACAUUUAAAUUAAAAAACCAAAGUACUUAUGAACUCAGGCAAAGGUUCAGAACAAACCUGGGAAUCAAGCAGAAACAUAUCGACUCCCAUGAGUUCGCUACCCCAUCGGAGGUUCAUGGACUCCAAGAAGCGGAGCAACCGGACUUGAAUGGUGGAGGAGCAUCGUCCGGUCUUCAGAUCGAAAAGGAUGAUCGCUGCUUUAGCCAUAUUCAGGAUAUAAGUUUCAUCGAGUGACGGAGACAAAAUCUAUACGAAAACCCUAAUACAAAUUGAAAUAAUGUAAGGCCCAGAUCCAAUUAAAAAACCAACGUAAGACAAAGUUUAAUGAAACACAGUGUUUGGUUUUUUAAUGAAACGCAGUGUAAUUUGGCUUUGGACACGUGUCGACUCCUGACGAAUCCAUUUAGUGACGUGGCUCGCUGUAGAAAGAGAGAGUCUCUUCUUUAUGUUAUUAGAUAUAGUUAGUACAUUCAUGUUCUUGUGUUUUAAAAAAAACAUUCAUGUUCCUAAAAGGGUAAAAUAACAUCUCAGAAUUUUGCUUAAGAAUUAAAAGCUAAAGACAUGAUUAAAACCUUUUGAUUCAUAUGAUUAAGACACAUCUGAACAUCUCUUGGUUAAUUUCAAAACAAAUGUGUAUAUGGGGGAUUGAGUAAAUUGAAAAAAAAAACAAAAAA